AUGAGUGAUUCAAAGACGUUCGUAAGUUUCUCUUGUCAGCGUUGUUUGCAGCCUUUGAAGCUGGACGAUUCCCUGAACAACCUCGGCGAGCAUACUAUCGCCGACUUAACCCUUCAAAUUCGAAGAAAUAACGAGGCGGACUUGGAUUUGCAGUCGUCCAGUCUUGAUCAUUAUGUUCCACCAUUUCGUAUGUCGGAGUCCGGUAACGGUGCCAACGGCUUCAUGGUAAUAUCGGACGGAUGGGAGACCACCUCCUUAGGUCACCAGCUCCAUGUAAAAGCCACUUUAUUCGAUCUAUUAUCUAACAAUUCUUACGUCGACCAUCCCUUAUGCGAUGAAUGUACAGAUACAUUAUUAGAGUUAAUGGAUAAUCAGCUAAAGCAAACGGAAGCCGAAUGGAAGGACUAUAAUGAUUAUUUAAAAAAAUUAGAAGAUGAUAAAGAGGAUUUGAAUUUGGAAGGACUUGAGAAAGAAUUGGACGAUUGGAAACAAGAGCAGAGUAGAUUGUUGCAAGAGCUGCAGGCUUUGCAGAAAGAAGAGCGAGCAAUGAAUGAGGAAAUAGAGAUCCAGGAGAGGGAGAAAGAGAGGCUAGAUAAAGAACAGGAUGUGUAUUGGAGGGAGUACACGAAAUAUAGGAAAGAUUUAAUGACAACAGAAGACCAAAUGAAGUUUUAUGAAUGUCAGCUGGCAUACACACAGUCACAGUUGGAAAAAUUAAAAAAAACUAAUGUCUUCAAAGCUACCUUCCAUAUAUCAGACUCUGGUCAGUUUGGAAUCAUUAAUAAUUUUCGCUUAGGUCGCUUGCCUACUGCACCGGUUGAUUGGUCCGAGAUCAAUGCGGCAUGGGGUCAAACUGUAUUGCUCCUCUCUUCGUUAGCCAGAAAAAUAAAUUUUAAUUUCCAGCGCUACAAAUUAGUACCAUACGGGAAUCACUCAUACAUAGAAGUCUUGGAAGAUCAGAAAGUCUUACCGUUAUACGGUUCGGGUGGUUUCCGGUUUCUCUGGGAUACCAAAUUCGAUGCGGCAAUGGUCGCAUUUUUAGAUUGCCUGCAACAGUUCAAGGAGCAAGUGGAAAUGGGUAAUACGGGCUUUUGUCUUCCGUACAGAAUAGACAAAGGCAAAAUCGAGGAUACAGCAUCUCCACCACAUGCGUACUCCAUAAAGAUCCAGUUCAAUUCUGAGGAACACUGGACUAAAGCCCUUAAAUAUAUGCUGACGAACUUAAAAUGGGCCUUAACAUGGAUAUCGUCACAGUUUUGUGAGGACAAAUCUGAGCCACAAUAA